UCUCUGGCUACCUUCCUUUAUAUUGCUUCCUUAUGUGCGUAUAAUAGGAGUCUCACUACACUUGAGCCUUAUUUCUCCACACAUUUGAGGAAAAAAAGAGUAGCAAAAAGAAAGAAAAAUUAAACCAUGUCUUGUUUAUUGUCUUUUCUCGUGGUUUUUUCUCUAUUGGUUCUUGUUUCCAUGUUGAGCCAUGUACAUGGAAAGUUGAUCAAUGAUGUAAACCAGUUGGGAACCAACGGCUGUGAUUUAUUUGAAGGGAGUUGGGUUUAUGAUGAUUCUUAUCCUCUUUACGAUUCAUCAGUGUGUCCGUUUAUUGAAAAACAGUUUGAUUGUCUAAAAAAUGGAAGGCCAGACAAAGAUUAUCUCAAAUAUAGAUGGCAGCCCAUUGAGUGCAAUUUACCCAGGUUUAAUGCUAUAGAAUUUCAGCAGAAAUUCAAGGGGAAGCAGAUGAUGUUUGUAGGAGAUUCAAUUAGCCUAAAUCAAUGGCAGUCUCUCACUUGUAUGCUAUAUGCUGCUGAACCUCAAGCUAAAUAUGUCUCCAAAAGGAUUGGAGGCACUUCUAUCUUCACAUUCCCGAAAUACAACACGUCGUACGUGCUGUUCCGAAAUGCUUUUCUGGUAGACAUUACAACAGAGAACAAUGGGACACGAGUUUUAAAUCUUGACUCUCUCAGUUCAGCUGCUCAAUGGAAAGAUAUGGAUGUUCUAAUCUUUGAUUCUUGGCAUUGGUGGCUUCAUACUGGCAGGAAACAACCUUGGGAUCUUGUUCAAGAUGGAAACUCUACAUACAAAGAUGGAAAUCGGUUAACCUUAUAUGAGAAAGCACUGAAUACGUGGGCAAAAUGGGUAGAUUCUGAAGUAGAUACUACAAAGACUAAAGUAUUUUUCCAAGGAGUUUCUCCUGACCAUGACAACCCUGCGAGUUCAGGUUCAAAGACAUGUGAAGGAGUAACACAACCAUUGAAAAGUACAGAAGAAGUUCAUCAAGAAGAAUUGGUACUGGAAAAGGUUUUGAGAGGGAUGAAUAAAUCAGUUAAUUUAUUAAACAUAACAAAGUUGUCGCAGUAUAGAGCAGAUGGGCAUCCUUCUGUUUAUGGACAUGGUGGACAUAGGGACUUGGACUGCACCCAUUGGUGUUUGGCUGGUGUUGUUGAUACUUGGAAUCUAUUCUUAAAUAAUGCACUUCUUGGAUUAUGAAAAUAGGCUAGGCUUCAUAAACUCCCAAGCCAAAAGAUUAAAUUUUGUUAUUUCUAUUUUCAUAUUUAGUGCUUUUUCUAUACUAAUAUCCUGAUCAUAUGUUAAAUAUAAUAUUUAUUAAAUUUUAUUACACUGGUUCGACUA